GUGAGAAAAAAACAGACAGUGAAGUGAAGCUGCGUACGAGAACGGGUUCAAUUGUAUCAGAAAAGAUCCGCAUCCAUCCUCACGUUUAGGGCAAUAAUGACCCCCAAAAUAGGGAGAGCAUAAACUACGCGUCUCACACGAUCGGGCGAUAGCGAUAUUAUAGAUCUCCGUUGCUCAGAAAGAAAAGAAAGUGAUGGUGAAAUUUGGAUUGUUACAGAAGUACCUGGGAUUCCGGGGGACGGUGGAGUGUGACUGAAGGGUACUGUAAACCCUUUAAGGAAGGUGGAAUAUUCGCAUAGGUGAACAAAAAGGUGAAACGCACUUAAGGCAAACGACGUUAUUUACUGAGGCACAAGCUAAAGAAGAGACGAAAUGGAGCUGCGAGUGGGGAACCGAUACAGACUGGGCAGGAAAAUCGGAAGUGGAUCUUUCGGGGACAUCUAUUUAGGUACGGAUAUUUCUGUGGGCGAGGAGGUUGCGAUAAAGUUGGAAUGUGUGAAGACCAAACACCCCCAGCUCCACAUCGAGAGCAAGAUCUACAAGAUGAUGCAAGGAGGAGUGGGUAUUCCAACAAUAAAAUGGUGUGGAGCAGAAGGUGACUACAACGUGAUGGUGAUGGAGCUGCUGGGGCCCAGCCUGGAGGACCUCUUCAACUUUUGCUCCCGCAAGUUCAGCCUCAAGACAGUCCUGCUGCUUGCUGAUCAGAUGAUUAGUCGCAUUGAAUACAUCCACUCAAAGAACUUCAUCCACAGAGAUGUAAAGCCUGAUAACUUCCUGAUGGGACUUGGCAAAAAGGGAAACCUGGUCUACAUUAUCGACUUUGGCCUGGCAAAAAAAUAUCGUGACGCUCGCACACACCAGCACAUCCCAUACCGCGAGAACAAGAACCUGACUGGCACUGCACGCUACGCUUCAAUCAACACACAUCUCGGGAUUGAGCAGUCGAGGCGUGAUGACCUGGAGUCCCUGGGCUACGUUCUCAUGUAUUUCAAUCUGGGCUCGCUGCCUUGGCAAGGCCUGAAGGCCGCCACCAAGAGGCAGAAGUACGAACGAAUCAGUGAGAAGAAAAUGUCCACCCCGAUCGAGGUGCUUUGCAAGGGAUACCCCUCUGAGUUUGCCACCUACCUGAAUUUUUGUCGUUCGCUGCGCUUUGAUGACAAGCCAGAUUACUCGUACCUACGGCAGCUCUUCAGGAACCUGUUCCACCGACAAGGCUUCUCUUAUGACUAUGUAUUUGAUUGGAAUAUGCUCAAGUUUGGAGCCAACCGUGCAGCAGAGGAAGCAGAAAGAGAUCGCAGGGUUCGGGAGGACAGGUUGAGGCACGGCAGGAACCCAGGGGCCAGAGGAAUGCCUGCAGCAUCAGGACGACCACGAGGAACCCAGGACGGAGCUCCACCAACCCCACUAACACCCACAUCACACACAGCAAACACGUCCCCUCGACAAGUGUCUGGCAUGGAGCGUGAGCGAAAGGUCAGCAUGCGCCUGCACCGUGGCGCGCCUGUCAACGUGUCGUCCUCAGAUCUAACAGGACGGCAGGACACCUCCCGCAUGUCCACUUCACAGAAUAGCAUUCCCUACGAGCAUCACGCCAAGUAGACGCUCGCCACGUCCUUGUGUGACGGCGGCAACGCAUGAUGGUGUCUGGUGUACCGCCUCCUGGUCUCCAUCUACUUGCUCCUCGAUGAGCCCCACAAUGCAAACUGGCGGACCAAGAACCGUUUUCAGGACCGAUCUGAUACACUAAUACUACUACCACCAUUCAUUUGUACUACUACAACUAUAAUCAGAAGUCAGACUUCUGACUAGGCUUCAACUGCUUUCUGAAUGACUUCUCUCAGUACUGUCACCUCCUGAAUUUUGUACACCGUCUUUUUAUCACUCUCUUUCUUUUCUCAUUUCUCUGCCGUCCCAAAACAUUAGAGUGUUGGACGCAGGACUGUUCUCUAUUCAGUUUUCAGGAAACAUUUGCACAGUCCCACUCUAUUGCACCAGAUUCUGAGUGGGCUGUGGUUUGUCUAAGGCCAACAUGGCAACCCAGUGGGCACAUUCGGCAUUGAUGACUCUACAUUUACAGUGUCCGCUAGUUCCCAGCCUCGCUCUGCUCUUUGUAGUGAGGUGAACCAGCAGCUUUUUAUUUCGUGUAUACAAUAUGUGUAUGGGCAGAUUUAGAAUGAGUUGCUUUGUUUUUGGUAUUUUUGGGCCCUUUUCAUUCUCUAUUUUCACCGGUUUUGCUGUUUUACAAGGCAUCAGCACACUGUUUAUUAAAUCUACAGCUGUUUGUAUUAAAUAAAACAAAUCAACUUCUUUGCAUGUGUUAGAGGUGAGCCUUCGUAGUCGAUACUGAAGGUGCUAGUUAAACUCAUGAACAUACCAAAAAUUAGCUUUGGUGGUGCAGAAGGCUGUGUGUUGACCCAUAAGUUGACAAGAUGUUUGUCUGUUCCCCUUCAGAAGCUCUGGUGUGAUCUCUGCUGAGCCCUGCUCCCUUUCUAAUGUGUACAAAAGACUUGUACUGUGUAUUGGAUAAGGGCGUCAUCUGACAUAUUUUACCAAACUUCCAUUCAUUGUGUACAGAUAAACAUUCUUGUUUUUCUUAUUUGUAUUAUUUUGAAGCUGUGAAAUUCUUGUAAUGUUGAUAUGUAAAUGUUUCCUCAUGUUUUGUUUUCACUGACUUUGAAUCUGGGUCUAGGGGCCUGCCAUCAGUGUAGUAGUCUCCUUUCAGUCUGCCGCGUUCAGAGCCAUGGAGAUGUUGCACUGAGAGUGAAAGACAUUCUGUAUGGCACAAUUUCUGUCCCGACUGCUGCUCUCAGUUUGAGAGAUUCUGUGAUUUUGCAAACUAUGACCACAUCAUAUGCACUGGUCGUGCUUUCUUUGUGAAUCCUCUUAUUGAACUGAUUCUUUGAGAGUGUGGAGAGGAAAACUGACCAUCUUCUCUUCAUUGACUUUUCCAGCUGCAGUGUGAGGGUUUCUUUUUAUAAUAUUCAGCUCAUCUGACACUUGGCUUUAGUCUAUAACUGCCCUGUAUGUCAGAAAGAAAAGGCCUGUUGUAAUUCAUUCUUACUGCUGUUCAUUCUCUAAAUUCACAUUUUGACCAUUGACCUCUGGUCUGCCACUGAACACUUACUGAAUUAUGUAAGUUAUCAGAUCAGCAAGAUUUCAUUUCUCACAUUUAUAUUUGCCACUGUAUUUGUGUACUUAAACUGUAAAUAAAUCAAUCACUUGUA